GCAACCAAUUUUUGACCAUAUUACCAAGUUACAACCAUAAAAUCUCAUCACCUCUCUCUAUAUAUAAUAACACAAUAUUUGACGAGAGUCAUCAAACAACAACCAUCUCAUCACACCAUCUUCUUGAAAUCUCGAAAUUUACACUUGAUCAACACACAUAUAUAAAAAAAGAAAAAGAUGCAAAUGCUAAGAAGCUUGAGCACGAGGACAAGAAGCCGUCGUGGAGGAUAUGAGAGAGUGAGUGAUGAUUCAAGUUUCAGUUUACUCGGAGCAAAGCUAAGAAGAUCGACGAGUGUUCCUUACUACGCCCCAUCUAUUAAGCUCGGCACUGGCGGUGUUCCGACCAUUCUUGAGGAGCUUCCUCGUCAGAAAUCCAAGAAAGUCAAACCAACAAGCAAGUUCAGCCACCCUAUCUUUAGUCUUUUCUACGGAAAGAAGAAGAAGUCGACGACGACGAAGCCUGAGUUCUCUAGGUAUCUUGAGUAUUUGAAAGAAGGUGGUAUGUGGGAUUCCAGAGCUAAUGCUCCUGUUAUUUAUUACAAGUAGAUCGAUCGAUUCCAUUUGUCAAACAAUACUAUCAAGAAAGAGAGAUUUGGUGAAAGUUUAAGUUCUUUUAUUUGUUUAAAUAUCAAGUCUUUUAAAUUUGGGAUGAUAUGUGUAUAUUUCAAUGAUCCAAUAUCUUGUUAACAAAUAUUUAUAAAUAUUGGAAACAAAAUUGUAUACUUUUGAGCAUAGUUUUGAUUUGAAAAAU